AUGGAGUUCUCAUGCAAGCUCUUCAUAUUUGUUCUCCUCCUCCCAAUAAUUGCAAGAUGCAGCGCCGAUUCCAUCUUUCAGGAAUGCAGCAAGAAUAUUACCGUUGGCACCAACAACUUGCUGCAAGACAACAUCAACCAUGCUUUUUUCGGCCUCAUAGCAGCGACCACUUACUACGGCUUCGCCACCUCAUCCUAUGGCAUAGGCCAGGACACUAUCUACGGUCUCACUCGAUGUCGAGGGGAUAUUAGCCGCUUAGCAUGCUCCGCUUGCAUAUUAGAAGCGACAAAUAAGAUCCGAACAAUAUGUCCUUUUUCAGCUGAAGCACGAAUUUGGUAUGAAUAUUGCUUUAUUCACUACGAUUCCAAUAACUUCCUCGGACAAUCUGAUACGAGCUAUACCAACAGAUGGUAUUCAUCGCGUGUAACAACGGAUCCUACAAACUUCAAUCAAGUAGUGGAGGGGCUAAUGGGAGAGGUGAAAGUGGCGGCUGCAACAAGGGAUGACAAAUUUGGACGAGGUGAGAGAAAUAUUUUGAAGAGCAACAUGACUAUCUAUGGAAUGGCACAAUGCACACGUGACCUUCAAGAAUCAGCAUGCAACCAAUGCUUAGAGAAGGCAUCAGAGACUAUAUUUGGGCCCUGCAAAAGCCGGUUAGGUUGCUAUGUGAUCAAUACCAGUUGUGUGCUGAGAUACGAGAUUAAUAAUUUCCUCCUUGGCCAUACAACCCCAAGUCCCGCCCCAAGUCCCGUUGCAUAUGCACCUACUUCUCCUUAA